UUUAUUCUAGAUCAGCACACUCGAUUUUGCCUUUGCAGAAGACAGACUAACCGCAGCAAAAUGAAAUUCUUAGUUUUGGCUCUUGCUUUCAUUGGUGCCGCUUCGGCCGGAUUCGUCGCCCCAGCUGUCGGCUAUGCUGGUUACACCGGCUAUACCGGUUACACCGGCUAUGGCUACAAUGGAGCUAUUGCCACCCCAGCUCUCGGCCAUGCCAUCGCCACCCCAUAUGCUGCUGCCCCAGCCGUAGCCGCUGUUGCUCCAGCUGUUUCAUAUGCUGCCCCAGCUGUUUCAUAUGCUGCCCCAGCUGUCGCUGCCCCAAUCGUUAAGUCAGUCUACUCCGCUCCAGUUGCCGCCUCUGUUGCUCCAGCCAUCUCAUACGCUGCUCCAGCCAUCUCAUACGCUGCUCCAGCUAUUGCUGCUGCUCCAGUUGUAAAGUCCUUCGCCGCUGUUGCCCCAGCUGUCUCAUACGCUGCUCCAGUUGCCACCGCUGUUGCCCCAGCUAUUGCUGCUGCUCCAGUUGUUAAGUCUGCCUACGUUGCCCCAGCUGUCACCGCCACUGUUGCCCCAGCUUUCGGACACGGAUACGUUGCCCCAGCUGUCUCAACCUACUCUGCUGGUUUCGCCGCUCCAGCUUACGCCGGAUACGGAUACGGACUUAACGCUGCCUGGAAAAAGAAGGCUCACAAAUUCGUUGUUUUGGCUCUUGCUUUCAUCGGUGCCGCUUCAGCCGGCUAUGUAGCCCCAGCUGUUGGCUAUGCUGGUUACGGUUAUGCCGGAGCCCUCGCUGCCCCAGCCCUUGGACAUGCCUAUGCUGCCCCAGCUUACGGUCAUGCCAUCGCCACCCCAUAUGCCGCUGCUCCAGCCGUAGCCGCUGUUGCUCCAGCUGUUUCAUAUGCUGCCCCAGCUGUCGCUGCUCCAAUCGUUAAGUCAGUCUACUCUGCUCCAGUUGCCGCCUCUGUUGCUCCAGCCAUCUCAUACGCUGCUCCAGCUGUCUCAUACGCUGCUCCAGCUAUUGCUGCUGCUCCAGUUGUAAAGUCCUUCGCCGCUGUUGCCCCAGCUGUCUCAUACGCUGCUCCAGUUGCCACCGCUGUUGCCCCAGCUAUUGCUGCUGCUCCAGUUGUUAAGUCUGCCUACGUUGCUCCAGCUGUCACCGCCGCUGUUGCCCCAGCUUUCGGUCACGGAUACAUCUCACGUGGAGAUGCCGCCAAAUCUACCAUUGAAUCAUUUAACUGUUGGAUUAGUAUAAAUACAGUUGGAAGUGGUUCAGAAGGCACUAUUGGUUUUGCCUUUGCAGAAGACAGACUAAACGCAGCAAACAUGAAAUUCAUUGUUGUAGCUCUCGCUUUCAUCGGUGCCGCUUCAGCCGGCUUCGUCGCCCCAGCUGUUGGCUAUGCUGGUUACGGUUAUGCCGGAGCCCUCGCUGUCCCAGCCCUUGGACAUGCCUAUGCUGCCCCAGCUUUCGGUCAUGCCAUCGCCACCCCAUAUGCCGCUGCCCCAGCCGUAGCCGCUGUUGCUCCAGCUGUUUCAUAUGCUGCCCCAGCUGUCGCUGCUCCAAUCGUUAAGUCAGUCUACUCUGCUCCAGUUGCCGCCUCUGUUGCUCCAGCCAUCUCAUACGCUGCUCCAGCCGUCUCAUACGCUGCUCCAGCUAUUGCUGCUGCUCCAGUCGUAAAAUCCUUCGCCACUGUUGCCCCAGCUGUCUCAUACGCUGCUCCAGUUGCCACCGCUGUUGCCCCAGCUAUUGCUGCUGCUCCAGUUGUUAAGUCUGCCUACGUUGCCCCAGCUGUCACCGCCGCUGUUGCCCCAGCUUUCGGACACGGGUACGUUGCCCCAGCUGUCUCAGCCUACUCUGCUGGUUUCGCCGCUCCAGCUUACACCGGUUACGGAUACGGAAUCGAUGCCUGGAAGAAGAAGGCUGCUCAUUAAAUUUCCUAAACUUAGCUUUAGUUAAUUUAUUAUGAUUGGAAUUGGCAAAUAGACCCCUUUAGCUCGAAA